AUGUCCGUCGUCUCACUCCUCGGGGUGAAAAACCUCAACAACCCGGCGCCUUUCACCGCCCCUUACCAAUUCGAAAUCACCUUCGAGUGCCUCGAGCAGCUCCAGAAGGAUCUGGAAUGGAAGCUCACCUACGUCGGUUCCGCCACUUCGUCCGAGUAUGAUCAAGAACUCGACUCCCUCCUCGUCGGCCCCAUCCCGGUCGGCGUAAACAAGUUCAUUUUCGAGGCCGACGCGCCUGAUGUCAAGCGCAUCCCGACUUCCGAGAUGCUGGGCGUGACCGUCAUCCUGCUUACCUGCAGCUACGACGGCCGAGAAUUCGUCCGGGUGGGAUACUACGUGAACAACGAGUACGACAGCGAAGAGCUGGCAGCUGAGCCCCCUGCGAAGCCCAUCAUCGAGCGCAUUCGCCGUAAUGUCCUCGCUGAGAAGCCCCGUGUGACCCGCUUCGCUAUCAAAUGGUGCGAUCCCUUGUUUUUACCCCCUGACCAGCCCGAGGCCGAUGGUCUCGACGAUGACAGCAACACUUAUGGUGCCGAGGAGCGCGAGCUCGAGGCUGCAUUGCUCAAGGAGCUCGAGGAAUCCAACAAGCCUGCUGAGGGUGAUGACCAGGAGAUGGAAGGUACCGACACCGCUGCUGGCAAGGAUGACGAGGAAGAGGAGAUCUCCGAUGCCGAGAGUGAAGAUCUCGAGGCGGAGAGUGAUGAUGAUGAGGAUGAUCUUGAUGAGGAAGAGGGUGGCGAGGGUGAUGAUGAUGUAGAGAUGGGCGACGACGCCGAACAGAAGGAUGAUACCGCUAAGCCAACUCACGAGGCGCAACCCGAGCUCAUGGUACACUAG